AUCCCAAGCAGUUCAGGGCUGGCUGAGCCAAGCUGAGAACGCAAAAGUUCAUGUGACCUUGGGAAGGAGAUUUCCAUUGUGGGAUCACAGGGGAUGGAGAAAUGCCGCUGGAAAAGGUGUAGACCAGAACUCAGGCUCAGCUGCCUGUGUGGGCACAGGGCUGGCCAGGAUUCUGUCCGCAGGGGACUUGCUCUCGGCCACUUGUCUUCCCCCGAGACACCCACCUGGCAGUUCUUGCUGGAAGCCCCUCACCCAGAGACCAGCGUUCCCAACAGCCGGCCGGCAGCGGAGUGCCAUGACUCGAGAUGGACAGUUUAGGGAGGAGCUGGGCUACGACCGGAUGCCCACACUGGAGCGAGGUCGGCAGGACGUGGGGCGGCAGGAUCCAGGUGGCUUUGGCAGCGACACGAAGCCCAAGGACCUCCAGUUGUCAAAGAGGCUGCCCCCGUGCCUCAGCUACAAGACAUGGGUCUUCUCCGUGCUGAUGGGGAGCUGCCUCCUGGUGACCUCGGGCUUCUCACUGUACCUGGGAAACGUGUUUCCCUCUGAGAUGGACUACCUGCGCUGUGCUGCUGCCUCUUGUCUCCCCUCGGCAAUCGUGACCUUUGCUGUUUCCAGGAGCAACAUCAAUGCGAUUCCCAGCUUUCAGAUAUUGUUUGUUUCCACAUUUGCCAUCACCACUACCUGCUUGAUCUGGUUUGGAUGCAAACUCAUUCUGAACCCAUCAGCAAUAAAUAUAAAUUUCAACCUCAUCCUGCUGCUCUUGUUGGAGCUUCUCAUGGCCGCCACCGUCAUCAUCUCAGCGCGCUCGAGUGAGGAGCCCUGCAGGAAGAAGAAGGGCUCCGUCUCCGACAGCGCCCAUAUUUUGGAUGAAAUGACGUUUCCUGCUCGGGCCCUAAAGUCCUACUCUGUAGUUGAGGUGAUUGCUGGCGUCUCUGCUGUCCUUGGUGGGGUCAUUGCCCUGAACGUGGAUGAUGCAGUCUCGGGCCCACACCUCUCAGUGACCUUCUUUUGGAUCUUGGUGGCUUGUUUUCCAAGUGCGAUCGCCAGUCAUGUGACAGCAGAGUGUCCCAGCAGGUGUCUGGUGGAGGUGCUGAUCACCAUCAGCAGCCUCACAUCCCCAUUGCUAUUUACGGCCUCUGGCUACCUGUCGUUCAGUGUGAUGCGAGUGGUGGAGAUUUUCAAAGACUACCCGACAGCCAUCAAAGCCUAUGAUGUGCUGCUGCUGCUGCUGCUGCUUGUGCUGCUCCUGCAGGGCGGCCUCAACACAGGCACCGCCGUGCUGUGUGUGAGCUUCAAAGUCAGUUCCAGGAUGCAGGGCACAUCGUGGGACGCCCCGGCUGGCCCACCGGAGCACCCCUCGGGGGAGGUGGCCAGGAGUCCCCUGAAGGAGUUUGACAAGGAGAAAGCCUGGAGAGCCGUCGUGGUGCAGAUGGCCCAGUGACUGCAGGAUGGGAAACUGAGUGACGCUCCGUGCCCUCUGGGCUCUCAGCAAGUUCAACCUCAGAGACUCUGUCUUGCAGCUCCUACUUUCUAACACAUCUCCUUCAUUCCACAAGGGCAGCCCACGUUGUGAGGGGACCUUGUUUCUUACCAUAGUUUAACUUUGAAGUAGAUAAAUGGCAACAUUUCUGUGAUGCAUCAGACAGAGUUCAGGGACUUCCGGUGGCCUCACUGUGUGGGGCUCCUGGGGUCAGGGAGGCUCUGGUGCUGCAGUCAGAGGAGGAAUCCAGGUGAAUGGUGGACCUCGGCCUGGCUUUGUCUGCCCUCUCUGUACUGCCGGCGUGGGCACCACUUGUUCGGGCCUUUCCUUCUGAGAUACCCUCACCAGCUUGCCUGCCACACACGGUUUCCCAGUGAGGAGAGGAGGGUGGAGCCACGGCACCCUCCACACAGGCUGCCACUGCCUCUAGCACCGCAACUCCUGCCCACUCUUCCUAGGAACUGACACCAGUCCCAGCAGAAGGCCACCUUCCCCUGGCCCCAGCAGCGUCCCAGGUGUCCUCACAUCCAAGUGGAGCUUUGCAUGGUCACUGGGGGUGGGACUGAGUCUUGGCCUUUGUGACUGACUGCUUGGUGACCACAACAGUGGAGAUCGAGCCCCUCCCUCUAUGUCUGCCCGGCUCCUGAAGGGCAAACUCCACCUGAGCUGGGGGACACCUGGUGUCCCAGCACCUCCACGUCCUGGCCCAUCCUCCUAACUUACCUGUGUCCAGCCUGGGCCAGCAUCUCAUGUGAGGCUAGUGUUCCUGAGUGUCCAGCACUCGCACACCUCCACAGAGCCUGUCUGUCACCCUCACCGGUGAGGCUGCAGGCACAGUUUGGGGUGUCAUUAGCUUCGGAGUUGGUUGGAUACCAUCCUCCCAUCCCUGAAGGUCACCUGGUUCCUCCAGUGAUAUGGGCGCCGGUAAGUCUGCAGUGAGCCAGGUGCUUUGCACAAACUGAAAGACACUAAGGUGUGCCCUCACCAGAGUGGGCUACACUAGUCGGCUCCCUGUGGAGUGUUGCGAAGGCCUGAAGGUGAACCGUGUGGCCUGAGCCCCUUAGGACCAGAGGACCAGUAGACCUGCGACAUGAAGAAGGUGGGUGGCCUGCCCAGAGGAUGAGAGAGUGUCCCAACCUUCCCACCUCUGCACUCAGGUGACCUGAGAUGCCAGGACGCGUGACAGGUGGGGCACAGCCAUCUCCUGGGGACCAGAGGGUUUGACAUUCAGAGCCAGAAUGAGGCAGUUGGGGCAGUAGUGCUGGUUUGUGGCUUCUCAUGUUAGAGUGCAUGAAAACACUGACGUUAAAGAGGGGCUUUAAAAAUCGCGCCUUCUAUUUACACUUUCAUUUGGGGUAGUUUGAUCCUUUUGAACAAUAAACACUAA